GUCUUGCGGGCCUCAGCCAAAGAGCUCAAGUACCCCGAGGGAGUUCAAGCAGGAGAUCUGGUGUCCGGAUCUGAAGGCGAAUACUUCAGGUACAAACAUGUGUUCGUGAAGCCUCCAGAUGAUGAGGACCGUAUGGAAGCCUUGAAGAUGGCGAAAGACAUCACGUGCUCUGCCUGUGAGGUCUUGCUUGAUAGCUUGCUGAAGCAGGCAGAAUCCAUGACUGAGGAUCACAUCCUGGACCAGUUCGACGGGGAGCUCUUGGAGCCACCAGCCAGCUCGGGCGGUGUGGCGCUGGCAGGUCUCGGGCUGAGGCACGGCAGAGGCACCGCGCUGGCGCGAAGCUCAGUGACGCUGGUGCCGUCGCCCAGGGAGCUGCCGCUCUUCGCGUCCUGGCGCUGCCGCGCCUCGCGGCUGGCGCUGCCCUUCCUGGCGCUGAGCACGCAUCAUGCAGCUUUUGCGGCUCUUUGCGAGACCGCGCCCAGCGCGCUGCUGCAAAGGGGUUCUCGCAUGGACCUGCUGGGCCGCGUGUUGAAGGAGUUGCCUCGCUGGAACCUCUUCUAUCUUGCCGUAGAUGCCGUGCUAGCGAGACCACUGCCAGGAUGGCGCUUCCAAGAAGACCUGGUGGCCAUUUUCGGAAGCGACGCCUUUGGGCACCGCCGGGCUUUGGCGGCCCUCUGGCUGAGACCGGUUCCAGAAGUUUCUGAGCUGCUGGAGGAGGCACUGGUUGCGGCGGCAAUGGCCAAAGCUCCGCUGCUGGGCGCUGGAUCACUCUUUGAGGAGUCUCUCACACUCUUCGCGCGAGCGCAGGCAAAGCCAUCCUUCCGCCUCGCAGAACAGUAUGCCGGUGACGUGGUGAGCUAUGCAAUGCGCUUCUCCAGCAUGGUGGCCCAGGUGCAUGCCAUGCGUGGAGCCGGUCACUGGUGCGGUUCCGAUGGGAACGUGGCUGGCGUGUGGGACCUGGUCUUUUCCAACGGCUUCCGCACGAGCUACGACAUUUCGGAGACGGAGGUGGUGGCAGCCAGUGCGGAUGGGCCUGGCCGUGGCCAGCUCCAGGUGCUGGAAGCCGGGAAGUUUAGUCACAAGCUAGUGGGCAUUCAUCGGCUUGGAACUUGGGAGCGGUUCCGCCUGGACCGACCUGGCCGGAUGUACUUGGAGCACUGGCAGCAGGACCAGCUUCUGGCAAUUGCCAGGGGCGUCCGUCGAGUUGCUGCGCGCCGAGGUUGCUAUUGCUCCCCGCCAGAUGUGCCGGAGAGGAGUGCGCUGCAGGCUCCCGUCCGCGGCUUGCGCAGGCGCUGGCGUGUAAAGUACUUGUUGCCGAGCCCGGCUCCAACUCAGCAGGUUCAGCUGGGCUUUGGCGGUGGCUUCGGCUCCAAGCUGCAAAUUGCCGUGGCCAGGGCGGCGAAAAUUCUGCGCUCCGGGAGGAGGGCGGAGCUUGUGGGCCAUCUUGGCAGAUACACCAACAACUCCCACUGUCUCCAGCUCUUGGGCGAGGCUCGCUUCCGUCGCGGCGGGUGGAGCUGCCUCUUCGAGGAGGUGCCGCUCUUUGCGCGGCCGGAGAGGCGGCAGCUGGUCUCCGCUGGGAAGCUGCAGGCAGCACUGUGGCAGCCCAGCCGCUGGAUGUGGGGCUUAUUCCAGCAGUUCGCGCGUGGCAGUGGAUUUCGGGCUGAAGCGACCUUGCUGGCCAUUCACAUCCGCCGUGGCGACAAGGUCACCAACCCCUUCAACAAGUACCACCCCGCCACAGACUACGUGGCCGAGGCGCUUGGGGCGGCGGAGCAGCUGGGCCUCUGCGAAGCCAAGUGUCAGCUAUUUGUGGCCUCAGAUUCCAAGGAGGUGCUGGAUGAAGUCAGGGCUGAGAAGCUUCACUCCGAGCGCCUGGAGGUCAUCGGUUUGGAGGACUCCGAGACCCAGCGGCGCAGUGACAUUGGGGUGGAGGUUGCCAACUUCAUGCCAGGGGAUGGCACAGCGCUGCAAAUGACAGCAGAGGUCAUGUUCGACAUUGAGAUGCUGGGUCGUGCACGGGUGGUGGCCGGGAAGCCGAAUGCCGGGUAACAAAAACGAGACCCGCUCGAAUGCCUUUUGAAUAGCA